AUGGAAAAGUAUAAAACAUUGGAGGAAGAUGUUGCGGGGAAUAACACCACUAUACAGAAGGACGGGGGAGGAUUCGAGAUAGCCGCUGGUCAAGUCAGGGUUCCUAAAUCAACAGGAAAGGCGUUCAGCUUCCGGAAGUUAUGGGCAUACACUGGACCUGGGUUUCUGAUGAGUAUAGCCUACCUUGACCCCGGAAAUAUAGAAUCCGACCUUCAAGCCGGAGCCAUUGCAAAAUAUAAGUUACUAUGGGUUUUGAUGUGGUCCACUGUACUGGGACUAAUGCUUCAGUUACUAGCAGCCCGACUGGGAUGUGUCACAGGAAUGAAUCUCGCAGACGUUUGUCGUCAGGAAUAUCCCAAAAUUCCGCGGUACAUACUUUGGCUAAUGAUGGAAAUCGCCAUUAUAGGAAGUGACAUACAGGAAGUCAUAGGAUCAUCGAUUGCGAUCAAUCUUCUCUCCAAUAAAUUGAUUCCAAUUUGGGCUGGUGUCCUCAUUACCGGGGCUGACACAUUCACGUUUCUUUUCUUGGAGCAGUUUGGUUUGAGGAAGUUGGAGGCGUUCUUCUGUUCCCUCAUUACAAUAAUGGCCGGAGCCUUUCUCUAUAUAUAUAUCAAAAUUAAACCCAACCAGGGAGACAUCCUGAUUGGUCUAUGGUUUCCAUGGUGCCAGGAUUGUAAUAAGGAUGCGAUACAACAAUUGGUUGGAAUCGUGGGAGCAGUCAUUAUGCCACACAAUAUUUAUCUUCACAGUUCAUUAGUAUUAUCUCGUAUUAUAGAUCGAACAGACAGAAUUGAGAUUAAAGAGUCGAUCAAGUACAACAGCAUAGAAUCGGCAAUAGCUCUGUUUGUCUCCUUGCUUGUCAACCUCUUUGUGGUAUCUGUGUUUGCCGCAGCCUUCUCAGAACCUAAGUACGCCGACACAGCCAGCUUGAAGGUCGCGGGUGAUUGGUUGUAUGAAAACUAUGGUUUAGCGAUGAAAAUCGUGUGGGGAGUAGGAAUUCUAGCAGCAGGACAGAGUUCAACUAUGACGGGAACAUAUGCUGGUCAGUUUGUGAUGGAGGGCUUCAUCCAGAUAAAGUGGGCUAAGUGGAAGAGAGUAUUAUUGACCAGAUCCAUUGCCAUGGGGCCUACCAUAGCUGUGGCGCUGUUAGCAACUAAUGACCUUGACAUGAUGAAUAAUUGGCUGAAUGUCCUUCAGAGUGUACAGCUACCAUUCGCCCUGUUACCUGUGUUACAUUUUACCAGUAGUGAACGAAUCAUGAAAGAAUUCAAGAAUGGAAAGGCAAUGAAGGCUAUUGUUUGGUUACUGGCAGUGUUAGUUAUGGGCAUUAAUUUCUUCCUAGUCAUUGUAUUUGUGGGAGCGGACCAGUCCUGGUAUACGUAUCUAAUCACGUCAGUCAUACUUAUCAUAUACUCAUUAUUUGUAGCGUAUAUAGCUCUGGGUCCUGGCAAAGUUCUGAAGAUAAAGAUUUACUUGGCCAGGAAGUUUGGUUGGAAUGAAGAGCUAGUCAUAGAGGAAAUGCUGAGGAGGAAUUCCCUCACCUAUCUGCCAGACAAUGUCCAUGCUUUGUAGCACUUC